AUGGUGUCAGCAGUUAUUUUGGUUCAGCAUGCUACUCCUGAGACAAUUAUCCAGUUCCAGGAUCAGUUAUCUAAUGAGUUACCCGCGCAAAAGGGGAAAUGGAACUUUACAUUCAAAGUUUUUAGGAACAAUCUGUAUUCUGUACCUGAGGAACUUUCCGCGACCCAUAUUCAAGACCCCAACGUCAAGUUUUUAUUCACAUUGACUCCCUCAUAUUUACCUGGAAGCACAAUGACAGUUAUCAAUGGGAAAUCUGCAGGGGUGUUUUGCAAUUCAAUUAGAGAAGAGGUGCUUGAACUUGGGAAUACUACUGAGCUAUGUAUCCCGGAUGCUCAUAUGUAUUUAGGAGCUACGACGGGGUUAAAUGAGAAUUUCGACAUCUUUGUUAACCAAAAACUACAAAGUCUAUGGACUCAAAAACAAAUUAUAAAGGGAGAUGGUGGGCAAAUAUACGAGCUUGAAAAUGGCAAUCUUGUAAUACGCACUUCGAAUGUGUUUAUGCACGGUAGUUUUAAAGGAUUGUUGGUACAAAUCGAAGUGAGUGAUAAAAUUGCCGAGUUCCAGAAACUUCGACCUCAAAAGGUUAUUGAAACCGUUUUGAAAAAAUAUAAUAUACCCCUGGGAAAAUUGUGCUGUGAUGUACUAGAUUCAAGUUAUAGUGAUAGAAACGGCAAGAAGGCUUUGAAACACGAAGGGAGGAAAGAGAAACGGAGAAACGAAGAAGAGGAGCAAAAAAUUCUUAAGGAGAGGGUGGAAAAGUAUUGUCCAGAUACGGAUGAGAAUAGUUUGAACCAAUUCAAAGAUUUGCCAAUUACUCAAAACACUCUACGCGGACUCAAUGAGUCUUCGUUUGUAUCUCUCACUGAUAUUCAAAAGAAGACUAUUCCUAUUGCCUUAAAAGGAGAAGAUCUUAUGGGAACGGCACGAACAGGAUCAGGAAAGACAUUGGCAUUUCUCAUUCCUGUGAUUGAGAUUUUGCACAGAAAUGAUAUUACCGAGUUUGAUGGCUUGGCGGCAUUGAUAGUAUCACCCACACGAGAACUUGCAGUUCAAAUCUUUGAAGUGUUGGCAAAAAUAGGGAAAUACAAUUCAUUUUCAGCGGGUUUAGUCACGGGUGGUAAAGAUGUCCAAUAUGAGAAGGAGCGUAUAUCGCGAAUGAACAUUUUGGUAGGGACACCGGGUAGAAUAUCUCAGCAUUUAAAUGAAUCUGUUGGUAUGGAGACGGCUAAUUUGCAAGUCUUGGUGUUGGAUGAAGCGGAUCGGUGUUUAGAUAUGGGAUUUAGAAAACAAAUCGAUAACAUUUUAACUCAUCUACCUCCCACCAGACAGACUUUGUUAUUCUCGGCUACUCAAUCAGAUAGUGUUCAAGAUUUGGCGAGGUUAUCUUUGACAAAUCCCAAACGGAUAAAUAAUUCUUCUGACCUGGACAUCUCAGCAGUACCUGAAUCCUUGGAUCAAUACUAUAUCAAAGUACCUUUGCAUGAAAAGUUGGAUGUCUUGUGGUCAUUCAUCAAGUCCCACUUGAAGAGUAAGAUAUUGGUGUUUUUCUCCUCGUCAAAACAAGUACAGUAUGCAUAUGAAACAUUUAGAACGUUGCAACCGGGUAUUUCCUUGAUGAAGUUAUAUGGCCGUCAUAAACAAACAUCGAGACUUGAAACGACUGUUAAGUUCUCCAAGGCACAACACGCGUGUUUGUUUGCAACCGAUAUCGUCGCUAGAGGACUAGAUUUUCCAGCUAUUGAUUGGGUUGUUCAAGUCGAUUGUCCUGAGGAUGUUGCCACAUACGUGCAUAGAGUAGGAAGAUCUGCUCGUUUUGGAAGAGAGGGAAAGUCUUUGCUAAUGCUCUUACCAUCGGAAGAGGAAGGGAUGUUGAAAAGAAUGAAGCUGCAUCAUAUUGAACCCAAAUUGAUGACUAUUAAGCAAAAGAGUAAAAAGUCUAUCAAGCCGCAACUUCAGUCACUAUGCUUCAAGGAUCCAGUGAUAAAGAACUUGGGUCAGAGAGCAUUUAUUGCAUAUUUCCGAUCAAUUUAUAUUCAACCGAACAAGGAUGUGUUCAAAGUGGAAGAUCUUCCAGUAGAGGAAUAUGCAGCAUCAUUGGGAUUACCAGGAGCACCAAGAAUCAAAAUCAAAGGUGGUGAAAAGAAUAAGGAGAAAAAGAAUCAAUCAAGAAAACUUCUUCAACUAGCUAAAUUGGAUAUCAAUGGCGAAGAAGAUGAGCUGCAAAAGCAGCCACCAAAAGUGAGAACGAAAUAUGACCGUAUGUUUGAACGAAAGAAUCAAACCAUAUUAUCAGAUCAUUACUUGAAUAUGACAAAUAGCAGAGCAGACAGUAACGGUAAGGGCAAGGGAGGGGAGAAGGAGGAGGAAGAAGAAGGAGAAGAUUUCCUCACGGUGAAGCGGCAGGACCAUGAUUUAAACGAAGCGGAAUUACCGGAUUUGCUGUUGCCCGUGUCCAAACGUCAAGCCAAAAAAGCGCUUUCUAGGAAAGCUUCACUGGUCUCAAAAGGCAAUCCAACAAAGUUCAAAUUUGACGAUGAUGGCGUGCCGCAUGCAAUAUACGAACUCGAAGAUGAAGAAGAUUUUAUACAAGCGGGUGAUGCAAAGCAGCAGAAACAAGAAUAUGUUUUGAAGGAACAAGAGGCAAUGAAGAUACAUGAUUUGGCAGAUAAGGAAACAGAAAGACAAAAGAGACAGGAGAAAAAGAGGAAAAGAAAGGAGAUUGAAAAAAGAUUAUUGGCAAAUGAACAAUUUGAAUCUAAUAAUAUGGGGGAUGAAGAUGCAGAUGAAUAUGAGGUUCCAGAUCUCGAACGUGAUAUGGAACCAAAUCUUCAGGAUAAAAGCUCUGGUAAGAAGAAUAGCAACUGGUUCAAUGAUGACGAAGAUGUGCCGCCUAAAAAGAAAUCAAAAUCAAACUCCGAGAGCAAAUUUGUGGAGUAUAAUGAGCCCGAGACUUUGGAAGAUCUUGAAUCUUUGGCAGCUACUUUAAUAGGAAAUUAA